AUUCAGCUUUGUACUCACUGUCUACUCUUUUUUUUUUGUUAUCAACAUUUGGGGUGUGACAUUAGAAGAAGAAAAAAAAAAGAGAGAGCAAAUGUCAUUGAGUAGAGCAUCACCACAAGAUUGGGAACAAAAUAGAAAAUAUGGUGUUAUCAUAGAUGCUGGCUCAUCUGGUUCAAGAAUCUAUGUUUAUUCUUGGAAAGAUCACGAAUACGCUAAAAAUGCUUGGUCCGUUGAAGAACUUAAAGGAAAAAUACCCAUUGUCGAACGAGGUGAUCAAGACGGUUUGAAAUGGACAAGUCGGGAAGAGCCAGGCAUUUCCACAUUUGGCUCAAAACCCAACGAAAUUGGUGAACAUUUAGACACAUUGUUAGCAUUUGCAAAAGAAGUGGUUCCCAUCGACAGUCAUUCAUCUACACCCAUCUUUUUAAUGGCAACCGCUGGCAUGCGUUUGUUACCUGAUACACAACAAAAGGCCUUAUUAAAUUCAACAUGUAAUUAUAUGCGUGAACACACAGCGUUUUUCGUCAGCGAUUGUGAUAGUCAUGUCAGUAUCAUCACGGGAGAACUCGAAGGUGUGUAUGGUUGGGUAGCUGUCAAUUACUUGAUGGGUGGGUUCGAUAGUAGCAUCAAAGCAUACACCGAAAAAAAGGAGGACGAAAAGAUAGAACAACAUCACACAUUUGGAUUUUUGGAUAUGGGGGGAGCCUCUGCACAAAUUGCGUUUGAACCCGAACAUCAUCAAAAACAAGAACAUAUGGAUGAUUUAACUCAUAUCAAAUUACACACCUUGGAUGGUAGAAUAGUGAAUUACGAUGUAUUUGUUACUACCUUUUUGGGCUAUGGAAGUAAUGAAGCCAGAAGACGUUAUUUGGAGGACCGUGUCAAACGAUUAUAUGCAACUUCAAAUGGAAAGACCUUAUUGGAUGAACAUCACUUACUACAUUUGGACGAUCCAUGUUUACCAUUAAAUCUCAACGUGACAGAUGUGACGUCCACAAGCGUGUCACUUUUGCUGCAUGGCACAGGCAACUUCGAACAAUGUAUAGAAUACACAGUACCACUCUUAAACAAAAACGCUGAAUGUCCGACAAAACCAUGUUUAUUUAACGGCGUGCAUACACCAAAUAUUGAUUGGUCUGUCAAUAAAUUCGUUGGCAUUUCCGAAUACUGGUAUUCCUCCAACGAUAUUUUGGGUUUAGGGGGUGUGUAUGAUUUUAUCGAGUAUGAAAACAAGGCGUCCGAUUAUUGUGGUAAGGACUGGUCACUUGUUCUGGCCGAUAAUAAGGAACUUAGUACGGCUGAAUUACAUCGCUACCAAAUGCAAUGUUUCAAAUCCGCUUGGAUUGUCAAUAUUUUGCACGAAGGAAUCGAAAUUCCUCGUAUCGAGAAUCCCAGUGGUCAUCAUAACCUGACUCAAGAUAAAGAACUACUGGAACAAACCAUCGAAAGUGUCGAAUCAAAGAACUGGAACCCUCCUUUUCAAAGUAUAGAUACUAUCAAUGAUAUUCAAGUCUCUUGGACACUGGGUGCUAUGCUUUUACAUGUCACUAGUAAAAUACCUCUGGUCGAUCACAACGAUGGUUUCCUAGGUCAUAAUACCGAUGAUGAGGGGGCACAUGAAAUUGCAGACGGUGUAUCUCAAAGCACAAAUCAUCAUGGACAUACAUGGAAUGAGGAUUCAAACGAUUUCUUUGACGAUGUUCGAAAUACACCCACUUCUACUGCACUCGGUAUCAGUUUAUUCAUGUUUCUGUGUGCUGUCUUUAUAUGGUUCACAUUUAAAAAUAUACGUAAAAGACGCAACUACAAUAACAGAAACAAUGUCGGUGCAAGUGGUGGUCUUUUAGGUCCAGAUCCAACUCAUAUCACCUCCGCUUCUUCUUCUUGGAGAUUUGUAAAUCCUCUGACUUAUCUAUCGCUCAUGACAAACUCCAUUUCUCGUUCUACCGUAACGAUGCGUCACUGGGCUUCGAGACUUUUACGCUCAAGAAGCAAUCCACAAUACACAAGUGUCAAUAAUAAUAUACCGGUGGAUCUGGAAACCUUUGAUGAUGGAAGUAAUAAUAUCAUUCCUACCGGAAAUGAUCCCAACGUAUCAAUCAGCAUGGUUGGCAAUGACCGUGUCUUACCCGCCACUACCAAAUCUCAAGGCGUGAUAGCAAAACAGUACUGGAGUAAAAAAAGGUACAGUGGAGAUAGUCAUAGUGGCGGUAUCUAUCAGAUGGGUGAUGUGGUGGAAGGAUCCAGCGUCUUACCGUUCAGGACAUCUUCCGCUCUUGGUCUUGCCAAUCGAAAUGGUAGUGCUUCUAACCUGACCGCUCGUAUUGGAAGCUCACCCAAUUUGAAUGGUAUUGUGACAGCCAUUGAUCGUGCCCCUUCGCCGUUAGCAAGCGAUAUGAAUAGAUCCAGGUCGCGUAUGGGCUUUGUGAUUCAUGAACAAUCCGAUGAAGAAGACUAUGUCGUAAAUGAUGGCCCACUAAUAGAAAAUGCUGCUGCAACUUGGUUACAAAGUACAAGCAGGCUAGCCAGUCCCAAAGCUAGUCCAAGAGGCAGUUUAGACGAAAGAAGAAAAAAGAAGGAAGAUAGUGGAUAGAUUUUCAACAUUACCUUAUAAAACCUUACCAUAAAACAAUUAUCCCCCCAUUCACCCCCCAUUUAAUAGAAUUACUUAAUAUAC